UGUGUUUAUCGGCCACUCUACAUACCCAGUAUGGUGCACUUGACCGUAGUGGAUACAAACUUCGCGUACGCUUUAAUCAACUACCGAAUACCGGCCAAAAUACAACAGCGCAAGAACUGCGUCUUGACUGUCGUCUAACUUUCCAGUCUGCCAUCCCACUUCCGGCGACACUCCGGUGGCUCCGAUUCCACGUGGCAGUAGAAUGGCGGUGGUUUUGGCGGGGGAAAAUGCAAAGGAAUGGUCUUACAGAGGAGAAGGAGCUGUGAAUUUGGUUCUUGCUUAUAGUGGAGAAUCCCCUUCUUUUGUUGGAAAAGUUCUGCGGAUUCAAAAGGUUCCAAGGAAUGUUUCUGAAUGUGAGAAUGGCCAUUCAGGCUUAACAAGGCUUGAAUGCCAUCUAUGGAGAAAUGUAAAUGAGCUUGUGUCAGCCCCUUCAAGGGAGAUUGCAGAUCAUAUUUUUGUCCGGCUUGUAAUGUGUCCAUUACUGGGUUCUAGAUAUGUUGAUGCUGGGAUUCGCAUCCCUGUGUCUAGAGAAUUUCUGGAAGCCGUUGAAAAGAAUGUUCUUCAUCAGCGCCCUUCUUGGCGGGUUGAUGCUGCUAAGGUCAAUCUCCUGAGUGACUCUGCGAUGCUGAUAUCUGAUCAUUCGGUGUUCCCCCAUGGCACGCUUAAAGAGGAAUUUUGCUUAUCGGUUGAAAUAAAGCCCAAGUGCGGUUUCCUUCCACAUUCAAAAUUCAUUGCAGAAAGUAAUGCUGUUAAAAGGAGAAUCACUCGUUUUAGAAUGCACCAGGCAUUGAAAUCCCAUCAAGGGAAGAUAUCAUAUAUAAGUGGGUAUGAUCCACUCGAUUUUUUCUCUGGAUCUAAAGACAGAUUACACAAGGCAAUCAGGGACCUCUUCAUGACCCCACAGAAUAACUUCCGAGUUUUUCUGAAUGGCUGUCUUAUACUUGGGGGCUUGGGUGGCGUUGCAGACACUACUAGUUCUAAAGUUGGCCAAGCGUUUGACGAUGCACUCAAGGAUAAAAUUCUGGCCGGAGAAGGGAUGAGAACCGAAUGUUUUCUUGAGCUUGUCUCUGAGGCGGUUUUAAGUUCAGGAUUACCGGCUCAAAUUCUUGAAGUCCAGAAGCUUGAUAAUUUUGACAUUGAGGGGGCAAUUCAUGCAUAUUAUGAUGUUGUUUCUCAACCUUGUAAGAUAUGCAAAGAAUUAGGUGACCACUUGUCAAAAAGAUUCACCGCCUUGCAUUCCAUGUCAAUGGAGGAUAGUUUGAAGAUAGUGAGGGAUUAUUUGAUAGCAGCUACUGCAAAGGACUUGAGUAUGAUGAUCAGUUUUAGACCUAGAAUAGAUGGGAAUCGGGAGUCUCCCUAUAGUUUCGUGUCCUUAAAGUCCACCAACCAAAACUUUGAUUACAAGGCAUCUUGUAUAGACCUGGACCUGAAACCUUUAGAAAGGAUGAAAUACUACUAUGAGUUAGACCAGAAGAUCGUUAGCUGCUACAAAGAUGGUGAAAGCUGACUGUCAACUUGGCAACACCGGUAGCAUCACAUAGACUCUACAUUAAGCGGUUGAGUUCUGUGCACGGUGAAGAUGUGAACUGAAAGCAUAAUAAAGGGAGUUUGACAUGUUGGAUUGGAUUUCUCCCCUACUAGGAAAGUUAUAUCUCAACGACAAUACGUGGAAGAUUAACUGAAAGCAUAAUGAAGGCUGACAUGUUGGAUCGGACUUCUCCCCUACUAAGAAAGUUAUAUCUCAACUACAAUAAGUGAAUGCAAUUGCACAUCUGUGCUUUACUGUUGUAUCAUUUUUCCCUUUGUUGUACUUCACUGUAUUUUACUACAGGGUACAUUCGAUCUGAAAUGAAGUCGGUCUCUUUCAAAUU